GCCCCGCCCGGACCCUUUGUGACGUAGGACAAUGCCUGCCACGCGUCGGAACUUGGCCGCUGGGGCAGCCGCGGGCCACGAGUGACACGCCGGAGGAAGCGCGCUGUUCUUCUGGGAGAAAACAUGCAUUUCUUAUUCAGAUUAGUCAUUUUAUUUUACCUGUGGAGCUUUUUUACUGCUCAGGGACAAAAGAAAGAGGAAAGUAUAGAGGAAGUGAAAAUAGAAGUUUUGCAUCGUCCAGAAAACUGUUCUAAGACAAGCAAGAAGGGAGACCUACUAAAUGCCCAUUACGAUGGCUACUUGGCUAAAGACGGCUCGAAAUUCUACUGCAGCCGGACUCAAAAUGAAGGGCACCCCAAAUGGUUUGUUCUUGGCGUUGGACAAGUCAUAAAAGGCCUAGAUAUUGCUAUGAUGGACAUGUGCCCUGGAGAAAAGCGAAAAGUGAUUAUACCCCCUUCAUUUGCAUAUGGAAAGGAAGGCUAUGCAGAAGGAAAGAUUCCACCUGAUGCAACACUGAUUUUUGAGAUUGAACUUUAUGCGGUCACCAAAGGACCACGGAGCGUUGAAACAUUCAAACAGAUAGACACAGACAAUGACAGACAACUCUCUAAAACAGAGAUAAGUCUGUACUUGAAAAGGGAAUUUGAAAAAGAUGAGAAGCCACGUGACAAGUCAUAUCAAGAGGCAGUUUUAGAAGAUAUUUUUAAGAAGAAUGACCACGAUGGCGAUGGCUUCAUUUCUCCCAAGGAAUACAACGUAUAUCAACAUGACGAACUGUAGCAAAUUUUUAUUUCUACAGUUUUAUUUCUAUUUUUUUAGCUACUUAUUGUACUUUAUAUAUAAAACAAAGGUUUUUCCCAAAUUAUGUUUUCUAUUUUUCACCGGCGAGAAGAUAUUUUGAUCCCCUCACUACAUGUAAUUUUGAUAUAAUAAAUGUGAGGCUGUUUU